AUUUGAGUCUCCUUAGGGUUUUUUCUCUCUCAAACAAAAGCUUUAGAUCUUUCUUCUUAAUGGACAUUCCGUAUUACCACUACGACCAUGGCGGAGACAGCCAAUAUCUUCCACCGGGUUUCAGGUUUCAUCCCACGGACGAAGAGCUCAUCACUCAUUACCUUCUCCGCAAAGUCCUCGACGGUUGCUUCUCAAGCCGUGCCAUCGCAGAAGUUGAUCUCAACAAGUGUGAGCCUUGGCAACUUCCCGGGAGAGCUAAGAUGGGAGAGAAAGAAUGGUACUUCUUUAGCCUCCGUGACCGGAAGUAUCCGACGGGACUGAGAACUAACAGAGCAACUGAGGCUGGUUACUGGAAAGCUACCGGAAAAGACAGAGAGAUCUUUAGUUCAAAGACUUGUGCACUUGUUGGGAUGAAGAAGACUCUUGUCUUUUACAAAGGAAGAGCUCCGAAAGGAGAGAAGAGUAAUUGGGUUAUGCAUGAAUAUCGUCUUGAAGGCAAAUUCUCUUACCAUUUCAUCUCAAGAAGCUCCAAGGAUGAAUGGGUGAUCUCUAGGGUUUUCCAGAAAACCACUUUAGCUAGCACCGGAGCCGUCUCCGAAGGAGGAGGAGGAGGAGGAGCAACUGUGAGCGUAAGCAGCGGUACUGGUCCAUCUAAAAAGACGAAAGUACCCUCAACAAUCUCAAGAAACUAUCAAGAACAACCAAGCUCUCCUUCCUCCGUCUCACUCCCACCUCUCCUGGAUCCGACCACUACCCUCGGCUACACCGACAGCAGUUGCUCCUACGACAGCCGUAGCACCAACACAACCGUCACAGCCAGCGCAAUAACCGAGCACGUGUCCUGUUUCUCCACUGUCCCUACUACUACUACGGCCUUGGGCUUAGACGUUAACUCAUUCAGCCGUCUUCCACCGCCGCUAGGGUUUGACUUUGACCCUUUUCCUCGUUUCGUUUCUAGAAACGUCUCGACUCAAUCUAACUUCAGAUCGUUCCAAGAAAACUUCAAUCAAUUUCCUUACUUUGGAUCGUCUUCUGCAUCGACUAUGACCUCCGCCGUUAAUCUGCCUUCUUUCCAAGGCGGCGGAGGCGUCUCCGGGAUGAAUUACUGGCUACCGGCGACUGCCGAAGAGAAUGAGUCAAAGGUCGGUGUGCUUCAUGCUGGACUUGACUGUAUUUGGAACUACUGAUCACAAAAGAGGUGACUUAUAAUUGUUCCCGUUAGGGUUUUAUUUAUGUAUUUCUAGGAUGAUUAUGGUAUUAUGAAAUGUGUGUACCGAGGAGCUUAAUAUUGCACUUAGCUUGAUGUUCCGCUUAAUUCUCUAGUUUUAAGUUUAUCCGGUUGUGUUAAUUAGGAGGUAAUAUGCAAGGAAAAUGUUUUCUAGACUAUGAACGUGCAUAUGUAUAAGCUAUGCUCGUUUUUGUAAUGUUUGACAUUAUGUUAAUUUCAUG